AUGGACGGAGAAGGGGUCACGGCGAAAGCCGUUCACAAGGACGAGAACCCCGCCAGCGUUGAGCACGCUGAAAAGCCACAGCAGCAACACAAUGUCUUCGAUAUCGAAGGGCGCUCGGGCGGUCUCAACGCCGUCUUUGAAAACCCCUUGGCAGGCGUGCCGCGAGAGCAACUCCUCGACGACGUGGAGCGCUUUUGUCGCCAGUACGGUCUCGAAGCCCACUUGGACGAAUUCCGCAAGGGCGCCUUGAUCUCACAGAAUCCGCAGGGCGCCUUGGACCUUCCUGACCUGAGCGAGGCGGACAAGGAGACCCUCCGGCGGGAACAGACCCAUAAAUGGUCGCAACCUUGGCAGCUUUACUUCAUGGCAUCCAUGUGCUCUCUUGCAGCCGCUGUACAAGGUAUGGAUGAGACUGUCAACAAUGGCGCUCAGGCAAUCUAUCUCGAUGAACUUGGGAUCACUGCACCCCGAUUUUCAGAGCAAAUGCAAGAUUACCUUACUGGGCUCGUCGUGGGCGCACCUUAUCUAGCGUGUGCAAUACUCGGUUGUUGGCUUACCGAGCCAAUGAACAGAUAUUUGGCGCGACGUGGGACAAUUUUCUGGUCCUGCUUUAUUGCGGCAGUAGCUUCCAUCUGGGAAGGCGUGGCUAAUUCCUGGGUUAACCUCUUCAUUGCACGGUUUGUCCUUGGCCUUGGUAUUGGUUCCAAAUCAUCGACAGUGCCCGUGUAUGCGGCUGAGUGUUCCCCGGCCCCCAUCCGAGGUGCCCUUGUUAUGAUGUGGCAGAUGUGGACAGCAUUCGGCAUUAUGCUUGGUAAUAUCAUGGGCGUUGCCUUUAUGGGCGUAUCGAGGGACCUUUCAUGGCGUCUUAUGCUUGGAUCCACCGUGGUCCUGCCCCUCGUCGUCUGCGCGCAAGUCUACUUCUGCCCGGAGUCCCCUCGGUGGCUUAUUCAACACAACCGAAUUCCCCAGGCUUUCGAGUCUUUCCGCACUCUCCGCCCCACUGAUCUGCAGGCGGCCCGAGACUUGUACUAUGCGUACGUCCAGGUGGAGCUGGAACGGAAAGUCAACACCGGCAAGAACUUCUUCUCCAUGUUCCUCGAGCUCUUUACGAUCCCACGCAAUCGUCGUGCCACACUUGCUAGCUGGAUUGUCAUGUUUCUUCAACAAUUCUGUGGAGUGAAUGUGAUAGCUUACUAUUCCACAACCAUCUUUCAAGAUUCCGGAUAUAGUAUCCAGCAAGCCCUAUUGGCCAGCAUGGGAACAGGGAUCUUGAAUUGGGUUUUUGCACUCCCAGCAUUCUUCACCAUUGACACCUGGGGCCGCCGGAACCUGCUGCUCUUCACGUUUCCAUUUUUAGCCAUCUGCCUUCUGUGGAGUGGCUUUUCAUUCUGGAUUGAGCCGGACAACGACACCAGUAAGAAACGGGUGGCCAUGGUCACAACGGGCAUGUAUCUGUUCGAGGUAUAUUAUUCCCCGGGUGAGGGACCUGUGCCGUUCACCUAUUCUGCCGAAGCAUUCCCACUGCAGGUGCGUGAGGUUGGCAUGUCAUGGGCCACUGCGACAACAUGGUGUUUCAACUUCAUUCUGUCGUUUACCUGGCCUAUGCUCCUAAGAGCAUUCAAGCCUCAGGGUGCAUUCGGAUGGUAUGCCGCAUGGUGUGCAAUCGGAUGGUUCCUGGUCCUGCUGUUUGUGCCAGAGACUAAGGAACUCACACUGGAAGAGCUUGAUCAAGUCUUUUCAGUCUCGACGCGCAAGCACGCAUCCUACCAAUUGAAGAAUGCAUGGUGGCAUUUCCGCGUUUGGGUACUUCGGCAGAAGUUGGAACCACUGCCCAGAUUCUAUGAGCAUGCGGAGAACCUGGCGGAAGGGCACGCAGAGAGCCACCCACAGGAGUAUAAUGAGAAAUGA